AUGCACUGGACACCAGAACACGCCCAGCCCCUCAACCAGUGGCCAGAGCAGCACCUGGACGUCUCCUCCACUACCCCAUCGCCGGCCCACAAGUUGGAGAUGCCUCCAGGGGGUCGCCAGCGCUGCCACUAUGCUUGGGCACACGAUGACAUCUCCGCCCUCACUGCCUCCAACCUCCUCAAGCGCUACGCUGAGAAGUACUCCGGAGUCCUGGACUCGCCCUACGAGCGCCCGGGCCUGGCCAGCUACAGUGACACCGCCUUCCUCAACGGCGCCAAAGGGGACCCGGAGCCCUGGCCCGGGCCGGAGCCACCUUACCCGUUGGGCUCGCUCCACGAAGGCCUCCCGGGAGCCAAGUCGGCCGGCGGGGGUGGGUCCGCGGGCCUCGGGGGCUCCCCGGUGGUAGCGGGGAACCUGGCUGAGCCGUUGUAUACCGGCAAUGCUUGCGGGGCCCCGUCGGGGGCCACCGAGUACGCGACGAGCUACGGGGGCGGGUACCUGGCGCCCGGCUACUGCGCGCAGACGAGCGCCGCGCUGGCCCCGCCGCCUCCGGCCGCGCUCCUGCAGCCAGCACCGCCGCCCGGCUACGGGCCCUCGGCGCCGCUCUACAACUACCCGGCGGCAGGCUACGCCGCGCAGCCCGGCUUCGGGGCGCUCCCGCCGCCCGCCGCGCCGCCCGCGCCCUACCUGCCGUCCGGCCUGGCGGCGCCCACGCCCCUGCCCGCCCCCGCGCCGCCCCGGCCCGCGCCCUACGGCUUCCCCACCGCCGCCGCCGUCGAGGGCGUGUCGCUGAAGCGCAAGGCGGUCGACGAGGGCGCGGAGGCUCGCUACCGCAAGUACGCUUACGAGCCCGCCAAGGCCCCCGCUGCCGACGGCGCCGCCUACCCCGCCGCGGAUGACGCCGAGUGUCGGGGCAACGGGUUCCGCGCCAAGCCAGCCGCAGCUACGGAGGAGGGGACCGGCAAGUACGGCGGCGGCGGCGCUCUCAAGGUCCUGGGGUCCCCCGCCUACGGCCUGCAACUCGAGCCCUUUGACAAGUUUCCCCCCGAGCGGGUCCCGGCCACCCGCGGAGGAUUCACGGCGCCGUCGGGGGAACCUCCCAAGGGUGUGGACCCGGGGACCCUGGAGCUGGUGACCAGCAAGAUGGUAGACUGCGGGCCCCCGGUGCAAUGGGCAGACGUGGCGGGCCAGGGCGCGCUCAAGGCGGCGCUGGAGGAGGAGCUGCUGUGGCCCCUGCUGAGGCCGCCCGCCUGUCCCGGCAGCGCGCGCCCGCCGCGGACCGUGCUGCUCUUCGGGCCCCGCGGCUCCGGCAAAGCUCUGCUGGGCCGCUGCCUCGCCACCCAGCUGGGCGCCACGCUGCUGCGCCUGCGCGGGGCCGGCCUGGCCGCCUCGGGCGCCGUCGAGGGCGCGCGCCUCCUGCAGGCGGCCUUUGCGGCUGCGCGCUGCCGCCCGCCCGCGGUGCUGCUCAUCAGCGAGCUGGACGCGCUGCUGCCGGCGCGGGACGACGGGGCCUCGCUGCGGGCGCCUCUGCUGGCCUGCCUGGACGGCGGCUGCGGCGCGCGCCACGAUGGCGUGCUGGUGGUGGGUACCACCUCGCGGCCGGCGGCCCUGGACGAGGCGACUCGCCGGCGUUUCGCGCUGCGCUUGCACGUGGCGCUGCCCGACAGCGCGGCGCGCGGGCAGAUCCUGCAGAGGGCGCUGGCUCAGCAGGGCUGUGCGCUGAGCGAGCGGGAGCUGGCCGUCCUGGUGCAGGGCACCCAGGGCUUCUCAGGCGGCGAGCUGGGGCAGCUGUGCCAGCAGGCAGCGGCCGAGGUGGGCCUCUCUGGACUGCAGAGGCCCCUUUCCUACAAAGACGUAGAGGCUGCUCUAGCCAAGGUGGGCCCUCGGGCUUCCCCCAAGGAGCUGGACUCUCUAGUGGAGUGGGACAAAAUGUAUGGCUCCGGACACUGAGGAUGGCCGGGGAGAGGCCACCUUCGUCAGAGGAUGGCCAAAGGAGUGAUGAAUGUGGGGUGAAAGAGGGGAGGGCUCUGCUGGUGAGUUUGUUUGCAUGGGAAGGAAAAUGCUUCUGCCAGGCAGAUCGAUGCCAUGUGCACCAGUGUACUCAGGUUUCUCCUAUUUAUUGUGGACGGGAAGUUCGCCAUAUCCGCUGGGCACACACGACAUGAGCUGGCACCAGGGCCUAGGGAGCUCCUGUCCUCUCUCCGUAAUCCUUUUGUCUCCUUAUCCUCUGAGCGCCACCCUUCUUUUCCCAUCCUACCUUUUCUAUUUAGGCUUAGUUUCUCCUCGAGGCUUUGUCAUUGACCCCUCCCCAUACAAUCCCUGUACGCUCUUGGCUCCUCCCUCUGGUCCCCUCCUCCUGUACCGUACCACCCUCCGAGCUUUUCUGUGUGGCUCCUCUGUGUCUCCUCCCUCCUCCUCAUUCACUCUGCAGGGUCUUGGCAGAAGUUCUUUUGGCCCAGAGGCUGAGAAGGGGGCGCGGGGUAGGGAGCCCACAACCCCUCAGUAUAUU